CGCCAGGCUAAUUUUCAGCAAAUUUUUUUUCUUUUUUUUUUCAGCAACAAGAUCUACAACCUCGGAUGAUGCUCUUUAUGUAAUCAAUGAUUAAUGGUAUGGUUGCUCAUGAAUCCAUCGCGAAACAGGGCUAAGUAAACGUUAAGGAUUUCAAGUGUUUUGAAUCACAUCAGGUUUGAUUUAUUGUCAGGUUGAAGCAAUUAUUCAAGCCGGUUGGGAUUCAAAUCUGUGGAAAAGUAAAGAAUAGAUUCAUGCUAUAGUGGGCGGCUGUGAUGAUUUUUUUCGAUGCCGACUGGAAGCAGAACGAGUUUGACAUCCCAGGUAUUAUUGUCCCAAUUGGUUCUUUUCCUAAACUGUUCCCCGCAGCUUCCUGCUCAUAUAUGUGAGUGUGUAACCAUGGUGAUUUCAUUUCUCGUCUCGCUCAUUCAAGAUCAAAUUAUGCAUUUGCUGCAGGGAAUGAGGAUCUCUGAACUUAUGAACAGAGUGGUUGCCGUACGACCUAGGGCUCAGGAAGACCAUCAGGAACACCUACAUCUACAGAGCCCUCUGCUACACCAUACAUAUUCUAAAUUGUAUUUGGAAGUACUGACGAUCUACAGCUGCCCUGCUAAGCGGAAAAAACGAACAAGGAUAUAAGCAUUUGUCUAUGCGCUAAUGGUCAAGUUCGUUAUUAAGAUAUUGAUAAUUAAGUUAUUACAACGAAAUAAUGGUCUAAAUUGCACUGAUAUGGUAUGAUCAUUUUGUUGUAAAACUAUAUGGUUUCCAAUUUGUGGCACCGCCUUGUUUAGUGUUUAAGAGUGUUCAGGAUAUUAGUCCAUGUGGAAACAUAUUUCUUUUUAUUAAUAUAAAUUUUAUUGGGUA